GUUUUUCAUGAUCCACAUUCGUAAGAGAAGAUCAAAAAGAUCAUCGACAAAGGCUUGACAAAAAGAGAGAGAUCUGAUCUUUUGUGAGAAAGCAAUGUCAAAAAACGAGAUCGAGCUCGGCAGGAUCAGACCACAAAAGGUGGCUCAAUAUACAGUAGAAGCGCUACAACUUGUACUUACAUAUUACAACUACAACAACUACAACUCGUUACCAGGAACAAGAGGAGGGUCCAUCAUUUUCAUUUACGUAAGAUGCUAUUUUGAUGUAGGUAAGCUUUUGGGGUCGUUUUUACAUUUACGUCUUCUUCGUCCUUAGAUGAAAAGCGAAACCAUGGUUUCCACAGAGCAGACAAAAUGGCGAUCCAUUCGCUUGGAUCAUCCUCAAGGAUCAUGUGGGAGUGGGUCUUCCACGUCCUCAUCAUCACCCACCUCUUCUAUCGCGAAAGGGACACCUACAACGAAAGGGACACCUAAAACGACUUCAAUCCGUGUCACCAACGCCGCUAUAGAAGAUGCGAGGAGUAGUUGUAAGCUAGUCAGCGGCAGUGAAGAAGUCGACCGAUGGAGUGGCCAGGCAGUGUGGGAAUGCUCGGUGGAUCUGGCUAGGUACCUGAUGUCGGAGGAGGGGAAACGGUUGCUCGAUGGUGCGAGAGGAGAAUCUGAGUCAGGAGAACGCGAUUAUAGAUCUACUUCGUGUUAUUUGUCAGUACUGGAACUCGGAUGCGGUCAUGCGCUUCCAUCCAUAGCACUCGCUCUUGCCAGUGGGAAAGUCCGUCUUACUCUACAAGAUUAUGACCCUGCAGUAUUGGAAACGGUGACGAAGGCGAAUGUUGUCGAGAAUCUGAUAAAAGAAAAUGAUGACUCCUCUUUUCAACAUCAAGAGGAUGUGACCUACCUGCCAGGCACGUGGGAAGACAUGUUACGAAAUAAUGCCUCGGCCGACAUUAGUCCAUGUCAAGGAAGAAGCACUACGGGCCAAGAGCAAGAAGCAGUUCAAGUGGGCGUUCUAGAAGAAUGGGGUCGUGUAAGGGUAUCGGCGCUGAGUGCUCUCAACGUGGUGAAGGACUCCGAUCUGCCAGCUUGUGAUAACCCAGUAUACGACGACGACGUCAUCAGUGAAACGAGCAGCAGCUGUGGUAGCGAUGAAGAUGCAGAGGGCGAUGAAGGUAUGGUUGAUGAAGGUCGUGGAAAGGACGAAGAAGAAGAGCGAGGAGCAGAUGACCCAGAUGGAAAACUGCCUGAGCCAGGCGAGGAGACUUUUCUCGAAUUCUGGCCUAUUAAGGGGGGAAAUGCGGACUCGCGUCCUCAUCCGUCCACCUCAUCUACCUCUCCUGCAGCCUCAGCGACAUCCCCGACGACAUGUUCCCCUGCGACCCCCAGCAACACUGGCCUCCCUUCUCCACAAGAGGAAGAGACCUCCACAGAAUUUUCCGACGUCAUCCUCUGCAGCGAAGGCAUCUACAAGGAGGAAACGUUCCCUGUCCUAUACAAGCUCCUUUUAGCGAAGUUGCGGCCAAAGACUGGGAUAGCUCUGUUUGCCGGUAAGAAGUUUUACUUUGGAUGUGGUGGCGGGACACGACUCUUUGCUGACUAUGUGCGGUCACAACAAGAAAGAGCUUUGGAAGUUGAAGUCUUGCAGGAAAUCAAGAACAAAAAGUCUAACAUACGCGAAAUCUUGUUGCUUCGAUGGAAAGACAUUGACGUCCCGUCUACAUGUUAGAUAUACCCACUUUGUCCUCGAGAAUAAGAAUAUCCACCCUGUCUCUGAGUAUCCGAAGUCAAAUUUUCUUCGCC